AUGGAGUCCAGCAAGAGUCCAUACAGUUCAGGAGGUCAGUUCCCCACGAUCUACUCUCACAACCCCUGCCUAGUGACUGCCUGCCGGUCCCGCAGCCGAGACAGGGCUCUCCAUACACCCUACUGGGCCAGAAACAAUGUGGAUUUCAGCCGACAGGAGGAGCUCAAACUGUUUGACAAGAUGAGAAGAGACAUUAUGGUACCAGUAGGAGAUAACAGUGCUGUCUGUAUUAGAGACCUGCCCUCUGUGAAGAAGAAUAAGAUCCCCUCUGCACCUCUGCCACUGGAAGUACGCAGAUACCAGACCUUCCCAUCAGGACUGAGGAGGUCUCUGGAAGACAGAACAGUGAGGGAUGUCUUCUUUGAGUGCCGGUAA